AUGAGUUCGGAUGAAAGGUCAUGCACGAACCAUCUGCAGCCUCUGUUGGCGGACAUAGUCGCCUACACGCUUAGAGCAGAGAACCAAGGAGGGUGCGAUGGAUCAUAUCUGAGGCUAGUGAAUCACCAAUUCAACGACGAGGUUCUCCGUAUCUGGUUCAUCACUCAGCAAGCGGAUCCCCCUCGACGCAACGAGAAAAUCUUUCAGUACGAUUGUCUGCUCGCACGAAGACACUUACAAGGCUUCCUACUCCGUCAUGUCUCGGAGAGUCUUAAAUGUUCUAACAUAUCAGUUUCUUUGACCGAAGCGAUUACUCGACUGAGAUCCAUCGUUCCAAGCGAAAGAUUACCUCUGAACUCGAUUGACGAUGUCCUGGGAGAUGGAUGGCAAUGUUUCCUCUGCGCCGCAUUCGCAAGCCUGUAUCACAUCCCUAUACUGAUGGCAAAUGCUCGCAAACAACCUCUGACUUCGAAAAUUAUUGACCAGGGACAGGAGGCCUGGUUCUUGACAGCGGCGUGCAAGCUUGGCGACCUUGAUCUAAUCCGAAGCUCUUUCGCAGAGUUUGAUUUAGGACCAUUGACAGCUGAAGCUAAACGUUCAUUUCUGCUCUCAUGCUUGUGCGCAGCGAUUCGCGAAGAUUGGCAGCAAGCUUUCAAUUCCCUGCUCGAUCUUGAGCUUGAUCUCGACCUGAACGCAGACGAUCCCAUCUGCCGUCGCCCUCCUAUUCGAAUUGCAACAGAGAAAGGACGUGUUGCUUACCUCAAGACGCUUUUCCACCCGAGAAAUCGCCUUUGGACAAAUGGUUUGUCCUAUGAACGCGCGAUCGCUUCUGCGGCAAACUACCCUGACCAAUCAGUACGAAGGGAAUUGGUUGAUCUCUUUAUCGAAAAGAGAGAAGGGCUUCUAUCCCGUGAGAUGAGAAAAGAAGUGCUAUGGGGCGCUUGCCGAUGGAAUGAUCACAACUUGAUAACGCUUGUCCUAGAACGUGGCGAUGUGGACCUCUUCGCUUCGCAGUCCUUCCUUACGGGUCGGCAGUUUCAUCGAUGCGCCUUAACCAUUGCAGCAGAGCACAACAGCAUCGCUUGUGUAGAGUUGAUCUUCAGAACUUGCCGGCCCAGCGACCUUGAAAAGCCUGAAGCAACACAUAGUAUCGAGUCAGCCUUUCGAAUUGCAGCGAAGAAUCGCUACCUUCAUAUGUUGAGACUGAUUCUGCCAUACGAAACCCGUCUAUCGUUCUCCGAGCAGUUUCUGUGGGCGGCGAGAGUCGACGGUGGCAUAGCUGCAAUGGAGGCAUUCUGUGGACCAGAUUGUAUACAACGCAACGGAGAUGUGCCAGCUGCGGAUACCGCCUGGAGAGGUAAAAUACCUUCUGUCGGAGGCGAGGCUCUUCGCCUGGCUGUACUGUCUCUCAGCCCGAGCAAUGUUGAGCUCCUGAUGAAGAGGGGAGUGAGGCCCACCGGCAAACUGUCCGCUGGAUCAGCAAAGACAGACAAAGAAUUUGUUGCGCUGCAGGCAAUUGAGGAGUUGUUAGAACGCCGAGGCUACACGUUAUCGCCUCAUUCAUCAAUCGGAUCCUCUGGACGGUGA